AUGUUUCCCUGGGCCCUCCGCCACCUCCCAGGACCUCACCAGGAGAUAUUUAGGUACCAAGAAGCUCUGCAGGGCUUCAUCUGCCAUGAGAUCAUCAGGUGCAAGCUCAGGACACCUGAGGCUCCCAAGAACUUUAUCAGCUGCUACCUGACCCAGAUCACCAAGGCUAUGGAUGACCCUGUCUCCACAUUCAACGAGGAGAACUUGAUCCAGGUGGUGAUCGACCUGUUUCUGGGAGGCAUUGACACUACGGCCACCACCCUGCACUGGGCACUCAUCUACAUGGUCCAGCACAGAGCUGUCCAGGAGAAGGUGCAGCAGGAGCUGGACACAGUGCUGGGCACUGCCCCAGUUGUCUGCUAUGAAGACCGAGAGCGACUACCCUACACCCGUGCCGUCCUCCAUGAGGUGCAGCGCCUCAGCAGUGUUGUGGCAGUGGGCGCUGUGCGCCAGUGCGUGACAUCCACCAGGGUGCAUGGUUACUACGUAUCCAAGGGUACCAUCAUCUUGCCCAACCUGGCCUCCGUACUCUAUGACCCUGAGUACUGGGAGACCCCGCGGCAAUUCAACCCCAGCCACUUCCUGGACAAGGAUGGAAACUUCGUGGUCAAUGAAGCCUUCCUGCCAUUUUCUGCGGGGCAUCGAGUGUGCCCAGGAGACCAGUUAGCCCGAAUGGAACUCUUCCUGAUGUUUGCCACCCUCCUCAGGACCUUUCGGUUCCAACUACCGGAUGGGAGCCAGGGACUCAGGCUGGAAUACAUCUUUGGGGGCACUCUGCAGCCCCAGCCGCAGGAGAUCUGUGCAGUGCCCCGCCUGAGCAGCCCCAGCCCAGGUCCUAAGGAAGAGGGCCUGUAGUCAGCUGGGCGUUUGAAGGCCUGUCCCCCACAAAAAUCUUCCUCAGUUUCUCUUGGCCCUUGCAAAGUUAGAAAAUGGGAAGAAUAGGGGUUCAUCAAGCUCAGCUGCUUGUAGUUCCCCCAACACAAGCUCUACAGGUCACAGUGGAGAGUGGACUUAUCAAGGACUCUACAAAGGUAGCUCAAUUUGGUUAGCUUAGUUCUUGGGUUAAGUUAGUUAUGCUCCAGCAGGGAAGGAUUUUGCAAGGUUAAUUAAGGUUUGACAUUAAGUCAGUUCAAUCAUGAUAUAAAAUGGUUCAUUUGUUUUACAAAGUGGCAGCCAAGUAGUUUCAGAGGGAAAGGCUUUCAGGCAAAACUAUAAAUAUAAUAAUGAAUGCAAAUGUUAUGAAUACCAGAGACUGAUGAGCUGGGGAAAAAAAAAAGGCGGGGGAGAAAAAAAAAAAAAUCCAGCAGCCUAUUUUCUGCCCUCUCCUGCCCUCU